AUGGCAUUUUUAACGAAUCUGUUUGGUGGUCAAACAAAUGGUACUCGUGAAACGGAUAACGCUGCAGAAAUUGUGGAGAAUCUAGUGGAAAGAGUGGAGACAUCCACGGUUCCUGAGGAUCGACGAGAUGCCUUGAAAGCAUUACGGUCACUUGCUAAGAAAGUGCGAUUACCAGUUGCCGCCAUAGGUAUGAAUGCUUACAUGGAAAUUCUGGAGAAAGAAGGCAAUAGUUCGGAGAUAGUAUCCAUCGUCCUUGAAAUACUAGUAUCUGUGCUGUGCGAUGAUGAGGUUCCCAAUGAAGGGCAGGAUGAAAUCGGUGAACGACUUGCUGAAAUGAUAGUUCGACGAAAGACAUUCAUUACAUCGAUCAUGGCACUUGUUGAAUCAUACGAAUUUGCUGUUCGAAGGGCGGUAAUACAAUUAUUAACAGCACUCUUACGACAUCGCGAUAGCGAAGUACAAACAGCAAUUGUUGAAGAACCGAUGGGAGUAUCUCGCUUAGUGGAUUUGCUCCACGACACCAGAGAGAUAAUUCGUAACAGUACGGUAUUAAUGAUGAGUGAGCUUAGUCGAGCACAUCCACAAAUCCAGCAACUUCUGGCGUAUGAAAAUGCAUUUCAACUUCUUUUUGAUGUGAUCGAUGUCGAACCUAUGGAAAGCAUCGUUAUCGAAGAUUGUCUUUAUGUAAUUCUCAACCUCUUACGGAAAAAUCCAAAGAAUCAACAGCUCUUUCGAGAAGCCAGUUUGAUACAGCGCUUAGCGGUAUUGUUGAGCUGCUUUUUAUAUGGGCGAGAGGAUGAGGAAGAUUUGCCGCAGCGCGAUUAUGAAUGGCAAAAACAAAGAAUUGCAAAUGUAAUAUUUUUACUUCAAGUUGUUCGAAGUUUGGUUUCUCCGCAGGAUAAUUCGCAGAACAACACACACGCUGCACAAAAAGCCAUUUCGCAAUCUGGAAUGUUGAAAAAUUUAUGCAGUGUUUUGUUGUCUGAAAUUGUAGCAACAGUGGAAGUUCUCACUGAAGCUAUCAUCACUGUAGCAGAAGUGAUAUGUGGUGACUAUGCAAAUCAGGAAUAUUUUUCAACUCGUAGUCUUGCAACUGAUGUUGGGAGCAGACCGGCAUUAAUUGUUCUUUUAUUAUCAAUGAAUACUGACAAGCAACCAUUCAAACUACGGUGUGCUGUUUUUUAUUGUUUCCUUUCUUAUCUAUAUGACAACGAAUUUGGAAAAACAAAAGUAAUUGAUACAUUAUUGCCCUCGGGAACUUCAAAUGAUGCAGAAAUCACUACUGGGCAGUGUAUAUGUACUGCAAUUCUGAGUUCGGAAACUGUUCAGGUAUGGUUUGGUUGUGUUUGCUUGCUGCAUUGUCUUCUAGAUACGGAUCAUCUCAAGCAGCAGCUGCUUAGAGUUCAACUAACAACGAAUCCUUCCGAGACGCCUUCUUCACUUUUGCAACAUCUUAGUACUAUUUUGAUUUCUUUGGGAAACCGUCGACCACAAACAAGGGCUGGACUUCUUAUGUUGCUUUCAACAUGGUUGCACAAUUGUCCACUGGCAGUUACACAAUUUAUCUCAAUUGAAGAGAAUAUCCAAUAUUUAACGACACACAUAGAUGGAUAUGGCACAGAAGGUUCUGAAGAUGAGAAUCAAGUUGUAAGAGGGUUGAUAGCCUUUCUGCUUACAAUAUGUUUAGUCUUCGAUGAAACUGGCGAGGAUAAAAGCAGAAAAAACGCUUUGAGUGUGGUAGUGGAACGUCGCGUUGGAAAAGAGAAGCUAGUUGAAUUGUUGGAAGGCCUCUCACAUUGCGAGCAUUACGUAAAAGCUGCGCAACGACCACAGCCGUUAGCGAAAGCAGCUCAAGACUUGUUAUUGGAUUAUCAUUUCACGAAGUUCUUCAAAAAUGUCGAGGGUCAAAUGGUCAAACAGAUAUGUCCAUCUGCCGAAAUAAGUUCUAGUAUCAAUAACGACAGUGUUUUUAAUUCAUACAAAGAGCUGAUAAAGCGUCAGGAUGAAACAAUUGCAUCAUUAAAUCAACAGAUAAAGAAGCUCAAAGAAGAUGCUAAAAAUCUUCAGAAUUAUGAUAAGGAAAAUGAAUUAGCUUCGCUUUGGAAGCAGCUUGCUGAACAGUGCCAAGUUAAUGGUGCCAGUGUUCCUAAACAGCAAGAAAUUGAACACUAUAAGUGCAUGGCCAUGCAGUGGCAUUCAGAAGCGAAAAGGUAUCAGAAAUGGGCAGAACAGUGGCAACAGUACCAGAUUUCUCAGUCAUCGAACUCUCAAAAUCCAAUUGUGGAACAACUUAUCUCUCAAAUCAAGGAAUUGGAAGAGCAGCUUGAGCGCGGCUGGCAAAUGUACGACUCUCAAGGAGUGUCGUUAGCGGCCGCUUUGAAAGAGAUCGAAGAAGCAAGAUCGAGAAUUCGUGUUCUUGAAGAACAAAUUGCUCAGACAGCUUUGGAUCAUUCUUGCAAACAAGUACCACCUGAAAAGAUGGUGAAUGAUGACGAAAUAGCUGUACUGAAGAAAGAGCAGGAAGAUUUGCUAGUAUUACUUGCUGACCAGGAUGCUAAAAUACUUGAAUACAGACGGAAGUUGGUAGAAUUGGGGCAGGCAGUUACAGAUGACGAAGAUACUGAUGCAUAG